CAGCAGCAGCCGCAGUAGCAGCGCAGUCGCAGUCAACGUCGCCGUCGCCGUAAAAGUAAUAGCAAAAAGCAAGAGAACAUCGCUGCCGUCGUCGUCGUCGUCGUCGCCGUCGCCGCCGCUGACGUCGUCGCAUGCAUACUAUUAAUUUAUUAUACAAAUUGUUUUUAUUUUGAAUAAUGGAUCGUCGUGCAUUGAAGUUUAUGCAAAAAAGAGCGGACAUUGAAAGCGAUACAACAGCAACAACAACGACAACAGCAGCAGCAACAACAAUCAGCACUUUGACAACAGCAGCAACAACUGUGACAACAACUCUACAACAGCAACACAAACAGCAGCAGCAGCAGCAGCAACAAAGCGUUGAGCGGCCUUUAAAGUGCUUGGAGACAUUGGCACAAAAGGCGGGCAUCACUUUUGACGAGAAAUACGAUUUUGCGAGUCCGCCGCAUCCGGGCGUAAAUCCCGCCACGCCCACCAACAACAACAACAACAAUAAAAACGUGCCAGCAACAGCAAUAGCAGCAACAACAACUGCAACAACAACAACAACAGUUGGUGCACACACGCCUCCAACAGCACGACGCACAGCAGCAGCAACAACAACAACUACAACACCCAACAGUAACAGUUGCAACAACAACGCGGCACGUUCACGCAGCGUGUCACGUUCCCGCUCACGUUCGAGCACGCCCACCUCACGUGCAACAGCAGCAGCGGCAGCAGCAACAGCAGCAGCAACAGCAGCAGCAGCAGCAGCAACAGUUGCUGUCAGUGGCACACUGGAGAAAUCACAGAGCCCCGCCCAACAGGUGGCAUCCGCUGCGGCGGUGCCACUGCAAAUCUCACCGGAACAAUUGCAGCAGUUCUAUGCGAGCAAUCCGUAUGCAGCGAUACAGGUUAAACAGGAGUUCCCAAAUGCCAACAACAGCAACAGCGGCGGGCACAGCAACAAUCCCAACACUGGCGCCAACACCAAUCCCAAUAACAGCGGUAACAAUCAAAUAUACAACAACAACAACAACAACAACAAUACCACAACUAGCAUUAACAAUGAGCUAAAACAUGCAAUCAAUUUAUUAGAUGCAACACAGACGACACAAUUGCAACAGUUGCAGCUGCAACAGCUGACGGCGGGUGAUACAAGUGGGGCUGUUGCUGUUGCUGCCGCCAGUCCAGCGAAUCAGCAGCACUCAACACAACAACAACACACGACAGCAAUCAGCACAAUGUCACCAAUGCAAUUGACUGCCAGCGGCGUACCAGCAGAUUGGGCAAACGGACGCACCGUGCAACUGAUGCAGCCACCAGCAGGCUUCCUCUAUCCCCAAAUGAUUGUGUCUGGGAAUCUGCUGAAUGCCGGUCUGGGACAGCAGCCGAUACAGGUGAUUGCCGCCAGCAAGCAUUUCCAGAACAGUGGACCCCAGAUGAUAACGACAACCACACAGAAUGCCAAGCAGAUGAUUGGGGGACAGGCGGGCUUUGCGAGCAGCACCUAUGCGAUACCAUCGAGUCAGUCGCCGCAAACGCUGCUCAUAUCGCCGGUGAAUGUGAUUUCGCAUUCGCCGCAGCAACAGAAUCUCUUGCAAUCGAUGGCGGCGGCAGCGCAACAGCAGCAACAGCAGCAGCAACAGCAGCAGCAGCAGCAACAACAGCAGCAGCUGACGCAACAGCAACAGCAGCAAUUGUCACAGCAGCAGCAACAGCAGCUGACACAGCAGCAACAGUUGACGGCUGCCCAACAAGCGGCCGCAUUGGCCGUCUCCAAAGUGGGUGUUAAUGUGGGCGUUGGCGUUGGCGUUAAUCUAACAGAUGCACAGGGCAAUAAAUUGCAACAGAAGGUCGUCCAAAAGGUGACAACGACAACGAAUACGGUGCAAGCGGCGACCAAUGCAACGGUUGCCGCCAAUGCCCAACAGCAACAGCAGCAGCAACAGCAGCAGCAGCAACAACAGCAGCAGCAACAGACGACAACGCAACAAUGUGUUCAGGUCUCACAAUCGACGCUGCCGGGCGUGAGUGCUGCUCAGGCGGCCCAGCUAAUUAGUCCAUUGCAGAGUGCUGCUGCGGGUCAGCCGCAACAGAUGCAGAUUGCUCCAUGGUUCUGGCCCAACUUCGGGCCGAAUCCGAUCAUAUUGCGCAAUCCGCCGGAUCACACAUCUGGCAUGUUCAUCCAGCAGCCGACAACGCAUCAGGCGCUGCAAACCCAACAGAAUCAGAUCAUUCAGUGCAAUGUGACGCAGACACCGACGAAGGCACGCGCUCAACUGGACGCACUGGCGCCCAAGCAACAGCAGCAGACACAGCAGCAGCAGCAACAGCAGCAGCAGCAGCAACAGCAGCAACAACAGCAGCAGCAGCAGCAACAGGCGAAUGCACAACAGCAAUUGGCGACACAGCAGCAACAGCAGGCGGUGGCAGUGGCCACCGCACAAUUGCAACAGCAACAGUUGACCGCACAGCUGCAGCGCAGCGGUGCACCCAUCUUGCCACACAAUGGGGCACAAGUGCGACCCGCCAGCUCCGUAUCGACGCAGACCGCACAGAAUCAGAGCCUGCUCAAGGCGAAGAUGAGAAACAAACAGCAACCGGUGCGGCCAGCAUUGCCAACGCUUAAAACGGAGAACGGGCAAACGGUUGCCACUGCGGUUAAGGCGGCGAACAGCAAUGUGGCAGCAACGGCACUCAGUCAACAUCUUGCCGUCCAACAGCAGCAGCAACAGCAGCAGCAGCAGGCAGCUGCCAAUUUGCAUCAGGUUGUCACCACGGCCGGCAACAAAAUGGUCGUGAUGAGCGCAUCGGGCACACCCAUAACGCUGCAGAAUGGCCAGACAUUGCAGGCGGGCGUCGAUAAGCAGCAGCAGCAGCAGCAGCAACAGCAGCAUCAGCAGCAGUUGCAGCUGAUGAAGAACCAGCAGUUGUUGCAACAGCAAAUAAUGCAGCAUCAAAUACAUCUGCAAAUACAGCAGGCACAACAGCAGCAGCAGCAGCAACAACAACAGCAGCAACAGCAGCAGCAGCAACAACAGCAGGUACAACAGCAGCAGCAGACACAGCAGCAAUCGACGCUGACAAAUGCAACAGCUCAGCAAAUAUUGCAAGUGGCGCCGAAUACGUUUAUUGCCUCGCAGCAGGCACAACAGCAGCAGCAACAACAGGUGCAGCAGCAGCAGCAACAGGCGCAACAGCAACAGCAACAAUUGCACAAUCAACUGCUGCAACAUCAGCUGCAGCAGGUGCAACAGCAACAGCAGCAGCAACGCGAGCAGCAACAAAAUAUCAUACAACAAAUUGUGGUGCAACAAACGGCAACGCAGCAGCAACAGGCACAACAACAGCAGCAGCAGCAACAACAACAACAACAACAACAGGUGCAACAGCAGCAGCAGCAACAAUUGCAGCUCAGCGGCGUCCCCUUCUCAGUUAGCUCCACAACAACACCCGCUGGCAUUGCCACAUCGAGUGCAUUGCAGGCAGCAUUGACUGCCUCUGGUGCCGUCUUUCAGACGACAGCGAAGACGAGCAACUCACUGCCAAGCAGCAGCAUUGUCAGCAUCAGCAAUCCAAGCGCCGGACCACUAGUCACCAGCAGCACGGUGGCAACACUGCAGCAACAAGCGCAGCAGCUACAACAGCAGCAGCAGCAGGCUCAUCAACAACAGCAGCAACAACUCAUUUCAGCCAGCAUUGCGGCAGCUACACAACAACAACAACAACAGCAGCAGCAACAACAACAACAACAGCAGCAGCAGCAGCAACAACAACAACAUCAACAGCAACAGUUGCCAAGCACAACACCGACACAGAAUCCCAUAUUAGCCAUGACUUCAAUGAUGAAUGCAACAGUUGGAUUACCAGCAGCAGCAGCAGCCGUAACAACAACGCCCGCUGUUGUCAGCACGGCGCUGGUGACGCUCAGCAACAGCAACAGCAACACGAAUAACAUUAGCUCACAGCCAGCCACGCCCACAAAGGCAUUGCAGCAGCAGCAGCAACAACAGCAACAUCUUGCAACAGUUGCAACAUUGGUGCCCAUCGAUUCACCGCUGCAAGCGAGCGUUGAGGCAAGCAGCUCAACAACAGAAACGCUGCUCAAUGGUGAUGCGGGUGGCGAGGCAAAGUUGCCAACAACAACAGUUGCUGCCGCUGUUGUCAAGCAAAGCAAUGUUGUGCUGCCCAGCAGCAGCAGCAGCAAUAAAGAUGACAAGAAUUGCAGCAGCAGCAGCAACACUGCCACUGUCAGCAGCACAGCGGCAAUUAAUGGCAUUGCCAGCAAUGCUUUGCGUGCCAGCAACAACAACAGCAACAACAACAACAGUUGCACGACCACCAGCAACAGCAGCAGCAGCACAGCAACAACCACAAUUACAACCACCAACAGUAGCAGCAACAGCAAUAGCAACAGCAAUAACAACAACAACAGCAGCAGCAACAACAACAACAGCAGCAGCAACAGCAAUGGCAAAGAUCUGCCCAAGGCAAUGAUUAAGCCAAAUGUUUUGACCCAUGUCAUCGAUGGGUUCAUCAUCCAGGAGGCGAACGAACCAUUUCCAGUCACACGACAACGCUAUGCGGACAAGGAUGGCAACAACGAUGAGCCGCCAAAGAAAAAACAAGCAAUGCAGGAAUCAGAUACAUUGAUGGGCAUUGCAACAUUGCCAGCGGAUAUGGUUGCGUGCGAACAGUGUGGCAAACCGGAGCAUCGCAGCAAGCUGAAGCGGAAGCGUUAUUGCUCGCCGGGCUGUGCGCGUCUGGCUAAAAACGGUGGUGGAGCAGUCGGUGGAGGAAUUGGCGGUAAUAGCAACGGCAGUGCCGUGGGCAUGGUUGCUGCCGAUGCUAUGGCGCUGGCUGACAAACUGGAUGAAUCGCUGGCCGAGGAGAAAAUGCUAACGGAUGCAGCAGCAGCCGCAGCCGCAGCAGCAGCAGCAGCAGCCGCGGCGGAGCAAACAGCAAUGCUUGUCGCUGAGCUACCAGCAGCAGCAGCAACGGCAACAACAACAGUUGCAGUUGCAGCAGUUCCAGUGCCAGCAGCAACAGUUGCAACACCCACAACAGCAGCAGCAGCAGCAGCAGCAGCAGCAGCUGUUGCAGCAACAAGCAGCAGUCCCUCAAUCUGUAGUUGGAGCGUGGAUGAGGUGAGCGAGUUUAUACGAAAGCUGCCCGGCUGCCAGGACUAUGUGGAUGACUUUGUGCAGCAGGAGAUCGAUGGGCAGGCAUUGUUGCUGCUCAAGGAGAAUCAUUUGGUCAAUGCAAUGGGCAUGAAACUGGGCCCCGCACUCAAAAUCGUUGCCAAAGUCGAAUCGAUGAAGGAGGUGGCAGCGGCAGCGGCAAUGCAGGCAAUUAAUGAUGCUGGCAAGGAUGCGCUCGCCACGCAAUAGUGCAUAACUAAGCCCAGGUGCAGCAGCAGCAGCAGCAGCAGCAGGAGUAGAACCAGGAGCAACAGCAGCAGCAGCAGCAGCUUUGGCAGCCCAAUUUCGCCGGCGAUGUUGUCGCCAUCGUAUUCAAUAACGCCGCCAAUCUAUUCGCCUGUGUUGCGCAACAGCAUCGUAGCGGAGCCUGGUUGCACCAGUGUUGCAAAGUGAAUGUGAUUCACAGCAGCAGCAGUAGCAGCAGCAGCAGCAGCAAACUGAAAGUUGCCAUUCAUUCCCCGUAUAAAUCACGAAACUGCGCUAUAAUAAUAACCAAUUACACAGAAAUGGUGAUCCCAAGAGCAUGAAGAAGAACAUAGACUUGCAGACUGGCUUGGAUGGUUCUCAAGAUAAUAUUGAUCAGCAGAAUAUGCUCGCAGAAGCAAUCGAAACAAUUAAUCUGGUCGUGAUUCUUAACUUUAAUCUGCUUCAUCCUCAAAUGCCAAUCAAUUCCGAUUUCUUUUGCUUAACAGCAAAUAACUGAUUAUUGUCCUUAGACCAUUCCAGCCAGUCUGCGGUUCCUUUUUGGGCUUUCAUCAGGUUCAUCAAAGUUGUCAAAAUCAGGUGUGAGGUUGUUGUCUGGCACCACCUUUUACUUGUUGUCUGGCAUUUAAACGUUCGCAUGGAUUUAAAAUCAAUUCACGAAGCAAUUGACAUUUGAGUAUGAAGUAGAUGGAAGUUAGGAAUUAAUUAGUAAUCAUCAAGUACGUGUUAAAUACUUGCUCUUGGGAUCUCAGUUGUCGUGUACUUGUUUAUGAUUAUAGCGCAGUUCGUGAUUUAUGCAUUACCACUACCUAGAACCCGCCCAGCCCCGCCCCGCCCCGCCCCGCCCCUCUCCUCGUCUGUCUUAGUUUGUAUUUGUAAUUUAAAUGUAGCUUAAAAUCUGUAAGGCCACUUGUAUGAUAAUGAUUUAAAACAAAAAAAAACACAAAACUAAGCUAAUUUAAACUAAA